AGAAUUUGGAUUUUGGACUACUAGGCCGUUUAUUCAAGACAGUAUCAUGAGCCGAGAAAACCAAAUUAUCAAAGGGAAUGAUGUUGUGGGGGGACGGGGUAGGAGAAAUCGAUGAUGGAGUGAGGGGCAAAUAGCAGACAGGUGGGUCCCCCACCAUCAUCGCUCCCUCCACCACCAACACCAAACCCACCUUUGGUUCUCCAGUUAAUCUUCCCCCAAACCUACCAAACCUUCACUUUCCUAUCACCGAUCUGUUUUGUUGCUAUCACUUUGUCUUCUUUGUCCUAAUUCUUUUGAAUCCAACUUGUUUUCCAAUUUGUCAUGGAAGGUCCUCUGGGUUUGUUGGGUUCUGGUGGCGGUGGCGGUGGUGGAAUAGUGUCUUAUGGUGGCUCAGCUAAUGGGUCGAUGUCUACGGUGUCUAAAGAAGAGAACUUGGUCUUGUCCUGUGAGGUUUCUUCCUCAUACCCAGAUGAGUCUGAGCUUGAGUUGGGUCUUGGGUUGAGUCUUGGUGGUAUUGCGAAGUGCAAAACAGCUACAAGGGGUCAAUAUGCUAGGAUCUUGACGGCCAGAGAUUUUCCUUCUAUGGUCUCCAAGUCUUCACCACCAUCUUCAUCAUCGUCCUCAUCUGUGACCAAAGCUAAUGCUUCUUCAGCUGGUACCAAGAGAACCGCUGAUUCUUUUUCGCCUCCCCGUAAUGGUUCCAGUCAGGUUGUGGGGUGGCCGCCUAUAAGAGCUUAUCGAAUGAAUAGCUUGGUUAAUCAGGCAAAAUCACCAACUUUUGAAGAAUUUAACUCAACAGCUGAUAAAAAUAAAUGUCAGAAUAUUGUGGUGGAGAAAACUAACAAUGUAAGCAACACAAACAAUGACGAUGCUGAAGGGAGGGGGCAUCCCAAGACUUCCCUGUUUGUGAAGGUGAAUAUGGAUGGAAUUCCGAUUGGAAGGAAGGUGGAUCUGAAUGCUCAUAGCUGCUACGAGACCUUAGCACAAACGUUGCAUGACAUGUUCUGUAAACCAACCACUUCUGUUGGGUCACGACGAUCAAACGUAGAGGAGCAUGACAUAAUGAAAGAAGCAACAGGCCCUGAAAAAUUGUUGAAUGGAUCAUCUGAGUUUGUGCUUACUUAUGAAGACAAGGAUGGAGAUUGGAUGCUUGUUGGUGAUGUUCCUUGGGGGAUGUUUCUUUGCUCCGUGAAGCGGCUCAGAAUCAUGAGGACAUCUGAAGCUAAUGGAUUUGCUCCAAGACUUCAAGAAAGGAAGGGGAGACAAAGACUUCAAUCUUAAGCCCUUAUAGAAGAUGAAAACAUACCCUCAGUUGAAGCAUGAUAUACAAGAGGAGAUACUGGAUGGUCAAAUCUUUUUGUUGAAGUAAUGAUAGGUCUGAAGUGGCCCACUGGUUUUUUUUUUGUCAUCUCUAUAUCUUUCUUUAUUUUCUCUCGUGUUGUAUACCCGCUUUCCAUGAGAGUCCUCUUGUCUGGAAGCCACAAGUGUCCUAGUUAUAUCUGUCAUAUACCCAUGCAUACUUCACUGGUAUUGUGAGUAUAGGAGUGCGUAGGGUUUUAAGUUUGCUGUUACCUCACAGUGGAUUUUUUUUUCUAAUCCGUCAAAUGGAAAUAAGUUAGUCUGGUUUCUAUGUAUGAAACUGUCCAUUACAGUGCUGUUACAUGCUGAUGUUUUCCUCUUCUUCAUAUUUCAAUAUUAUUUGUGAGAAUAUCUGAUAUACCUACUUGAUGAGCUUGGUGGGG